AUGAUCGACUUUUUUCGUUUUGGUUAUCGUAAGCGCCUCGGCGAUACGCCAAUCCAUCCAUUCGCAUUUCGCACACAUACGCACGGUAUGGGACGAGUUGUAUCAGCAUUUUAUAAGAAUGCAACUGCUUGGACAUUAAUUGGAAAACGAAAUCCACAAUGGCCACAGCUAUUUGAGCCGAUCGGUGCAAAUCUGACGAUUUCAAACGGUGAUCUAAUGGCUGCCACCUGUGUUUUCGAUUCCUCAAUGCAAAAAACCGUUGUGCAUAUGGGGAACACAGGAGCAGAUGAGAUGUGUAAUUUCUACAUGAUGUUUUACUGGGACGCAACAGCACCGGAUCCAUUUCCGUACGGAGCCGUUUGUGGAAUGCAAGAAGAACAGGCUGUUGUCAAUAAAGAGUAUCCCAUUGAUGGUGUUACACUGUUACCUCCGCAUCCAGAUUGGGAACAUAAAGCGCAUCAAAGUGGAAAACCAUUUGGAGUCACUGAAGGAAGUGUAACAACUUCGAUUGGCGGCAUUAAAUUGGGACAAGUUUCUGCUCUCAGUUUCGAUUCGUUUGGAAAUUUGGUUGUUUUUCAUCGUGCUGAUCGUCUAUGGGACGAUAGUUCAUUCGAUGCGGAAAAUAUUCUUCACGAACAAACCGCAAUUGCCGAUGAUGUAAUUUUAGUGACACAGACCAAUGGACCCAAUAGAACAAUGUCACUGCUGUCGAAACAUGGCAGUGGAAAAUUUUUCAUGCCGCAUGGAUUGACAAUCGACCAACAGAAUGAUUAUUACACAACGGAUGUGGGUUCACAUCAAGUUAUCAAAUUUUUCAUGCCGCAUGGAUUGACAAUCGACCAGCAAAAUGAUUACUACACAACAGAUGUGGGUUCACAUCAAGUUAUCAAGUGGACUCUUUCGCAAGGGUCGCUUGCCGAGGUGUUUGUACUGGGCGAGAAGUUUGUUCCCGGCUCCGAUCAGCAACACUUUUGUAAGCCUGCCGGUGUUGCGGUCACUGUUGAUGGAAACAUUUAUGUUGCUGAUGGUUAUUGUAACAAUCGCAUUGUGAAAUUUGACCGAAAUGGAAAAUUCCUGGCGCAGUGGGGUCAACCAAACUAUGGCAUGUCUGGCUUGGAAGUCCAAUCACUGGGCUCGUUUUCGCUUCCGCAUGAUAUCGUUGCCAAUGAUGAUGGUUCGCUGUUGUAUAUUGCUGACCGUGAAAAUGCUCGAAUACAGAUCUUUCGUAGCACUGGACAACCAGUGGGGCAAAUUGUGAAUCCAGCAAACAGCACAGCAUUCUGGAACGUUUAUUCCGCCCAUUAUCAUAUAUAUUUCAUCCCUGGUGAACCACGAAAUGGCGUACGUGUGCGUGCAUUCAGCGCACAUGCCGAAGCUGCUCGAGUGCAGUACUCAUUCGAACCAACAAGUUACCAAUUUUUACGGCCACACACGCUACGAGCUUCAGCUGAUGGACGGUAUAUCUACGUGGGAGAACUGGGCCAAAAUGGCGGACGAAUUUUGCAGUUUAUUAUUCACCGCGAUUCAGAAGAGGCUGGCCAAGAUACUGCCGGAUUAGCAUCGUUGCACACACACCUCAAUUACGCCGAGAACUCGUCCUUCCCGUUGAUGUUGAUAGUUUUGCUUACGUUGAUUGCUUUGCCGUGUUUGGUUGUCUAUAUCUACAGACGAAAGAGAUUGAUUCGACUCGGAAAGCAGCAGUCCGUACUCGAUCGAGCCGGGUUCAAGCCGUUAAGAACGGAUGACCCGGAAUCAACAGACGAUGAAUCUGAAGAUGAUACCAUCAUUGCGCGACAAAAAAGCGACCAUAGGUUUUGAAU